GCGGGACCUGAGCGCUGCGAGCGCCGCGGUUCCGAGGGGAUGUGGGCUCGGGCCUCACCUUUGCGGCUGGGCAGAAGCCUGCAGGUCUGCCUGGGGGUGGGGCGCUCACCCCUGUGCCCCCUCAGGGCUGCACCUGAGAGCCAGGUGACUGGACAGCAAAACGGCCAGUGAAAUUUAAUGCAGAUAAAUGUAAAGUAAUGCACAUGGGAAAAAAUAACCCCAACUAUACAUACAAUGUGAUGGGGGCUAAUUUAGCUACAACGAGUCAGGAAAAAGCUCUUGGAGUCAUCGUGGAUAGUUCUCUGAAGAUGUCCACGCAGUGCACAGAGGCUGUCAAAAAAGCAAACAGGAUGUUAGGAAUCAUUAAAAACGGGAUAGCGAGUAAGAGAGAGAAUAUAUUAUUGCCCUUAUAUAAACCCAUGGUACGCCCACGUCUCGAAUACUGUGUACAGGUGUGGUCGCCUCACCUCAAAAAAGAGAUACUGGCACUAGAAAAGGUUCAGAAAAGAGAAACUAAAAUGAUUAGGGGUUUGGAGAGAGUCCCAUAUGAGGAAAGAUUAAAGAGGCUAGGACUCUUCAGCUUGGAAAAGAGGAGACUAAGGGGGGAUAUAACAGAGGUAAAUAAAAUCAUGAGUGAUGUAGAGAAAGUGAAUAAGGAAAAGUUAUUCACUUAUUCCCUUAAUACAAAAACUAGGGGUCACCAAAUGAAAUUAAUGGGCAGCAGGUUUAAAACAAAUAAAAGGAAGUUCUUCACGCAGUGCACAGUCAACUUGUGGAACUCCUUACCUGAGGAGGUUGUGAAGUCCAGGAAUAUAACAGCGUUUAAAGAGAAUGGGAUAAAUUCAUGGAGGUUAAGUCCAUAACUGGCUAUUAGCCAGGAUGGGUAAGGAACGGUGUCCCUAGCCUCUAUUUGUCAGAGGAUGGAGAUGGAUGGCAGGAGAGAGAUCACUUGAUCAUUACUUGUUAGAUUCACUCCCUCUGGGGCACCUGGCAUUGGCCACUGUCAGUAGACAGGAACUGGGUUAGAUGGACCUUUGGUCUGACCCGGUAUGGUCAUUCUUAUGUUCUUAGGGGUGGUACAAGCUCAUAGCGGUGCUUUGGAAUCUGCACUGGCUGCCCACGGAUCUCUACAUGCAGACCAAGGUGUUGGGUGUGAUGCAGGGGUAGUUGAUAGGCAGACUGGGGGCCAAGUCCAGACUGCUGGACACUUUGUGAUGCACCAAAAUAUCUUUCUAUUCACUUACUAUUACUGUGGUGUGCAAAUGUUUCUCUGGAGUCUGGACCUUGAUUAUGCUUUGACCAAGAAAUUUAGACCUUCACAAAAAAUAACUGACUGCCCCUGGAUAAAGCCCUCAGUGGCAUAUGACCAGCCUCCCUGAGGGAUCGCCCCUCUCUCUGCCUUACUGCCACAGCUGUAGACUUGGGGGCACUCCUGGUGAGCCCCCUAGUGAAGAAAGAGAAGGGUGGCUAGCAUGGUGCUCUCUCUGUGAGGGCUCGGAGACUCGGGGAUCUCCUCCCUCUCUUGGUCUGAAAUAGUCAGAAUCUGAUUAUUUUCCAGGAAUGCUGCAAAAGACACCUGUUUGAUAAGGUUUUUGGAGAGGGCUGAGGGUAUGCUUCUUAGAUGGCGAAGGGGAAGAAAUGCGCUUCUCUAGGUGGCUGGCUAAGCUUCUGCUGAUGUGAUCAUUUUAAUGUUGCUGAGGUUUGAAUUGUAUUAGUGAGUGUUAAGGCACCAAGGGACUUGGAUAGGCCUCUUUAUAGUUAUUUGUAAAUUUAAAUAAAUAAGUAUCAACCAUUAUAUCUACACUAAUGGCUCACAGAUCUACCUCUCUUGUCUCCUGUCCUAUCUAAAAUCUAGGCCUGUCUGACAUCUCCUCAUGAAUGUUCAGCCAUCAGCUGAAGCUCAACAUGGCCAAAAGAAAGUUUGUAAUCUUUCCCCUCAAGCCUCUAUCCCCCCUUUUUCACUUACCAUGGAUUAUGCCACCCAUCCUCAUUGUCACAAAGGCCUGUAACUGGGUGUCAUCUUUGACUUGGUCCCCUGUCUAGAUGAGCAGUUCUCAAUCCACAGGCUGCAUACGGCCCAGUUAGCACACAGCUGUGGCCCAGAUCAGCUGUGUGCUAAAGGCUGCAGGCUGCAGGCUGCCCUGCCACACAGCAUGCUCUGGGUUCCCGGCUGCCCUGCAACAUGGCGGGCUGUGGCAUCCGGGCUCCCAGCUGCCCUGACGUGUACCGAGCUGUUGGCUGCCACUGGCCCCGCAUGGUGGAGCUCAGGGUCCCAGCAGCUGGCUGCCACCCAGCCCACUCCACAGCAGGGCUUGGGGUCUGGGCAGCCAGCUGCUGCCCGGCUCCCCACACAGCAUAUGUGGCCCAUAAUGAUAAAUAGGUUGAGAACCACUGGUCUAGAUACUCACAUCCCAGUUGUAUCUACUUCUUGCUGGUUCUUCCCGAAUUAUGUCUUUAAGAUCCACCGUAUAGAUAAACUUCACCUUAUCUCAUGUCUCAACUGCAAGUUCCUCCUCUCUAGUCUUGAGAAACCACUUUUUGUUCCACUUAUGUUCAUUCAAAGCACUGCUGUAAAAAUCAUUUACUUGUUUUGUCACUUUGACCAUUUCCUCCUCUGCAUCCCUCCACUCUCUUCCCCCAUCUCCACUGCAUCAAACACUAUUUUUCUUCCCUUUAAAAGGCCUUCAUGGCCUAGCUUCACUCUUAUCUGUCAUCUCAUAUACACUUUUGAGAUGUGACCAUUGCCUCUAUUUUGCCAGUGAUUCCAGCUUUCGUUGCCCAUUUGCUGAAAUUGUUAGUUUUCCAAGAACACCUUUGCACUUUCUUCCAUGCUGCCUGUAUCAGCGUAUUGGCUCUUGCCUCCAUUUAAGCUACCCCUUCCUUGAAUUAACUUCUUUCACACAGCUGCAGGUGGAGGCUGCCAGAUUGCAUUUUUUUUUUAAAUGCAGCCUCAGGUUUCCUGUUUUGCCUUAUUCUGAGCUCUUUCGCUCAACAGCCUGAUUCAAACUCCUUGUCAUACACCUCAUCUUGGCAUGGAUGUAAGCAAGGCAGAAACCUCUAUGGCUGAAAUGAGUGAAGAAAUAAUCUAUACUUCUGUACGGUUUUCACAGACACCGCCAGUCUGUGCCAACGAUGUCGUAACAAAUAGAGCUCCCCAUCAUGGGUCAUCUGGCCUAUACAGCUUGGCUGUAGGUGUUGGGACACUGAUUGCCCUCAUGGUGAUUGCAGUGGUAGUUUGGAGGAUUGAUAGCUCCUGUCCUGGAUGCCCUGAUGAGUGGUUUGGUUACAGGAGCAGCUGUUACUUCUUCUCCGAGAUGAAAAAGGAUUGGAAUUCCAGCCAGGCAUCCUGUUCUGCAGAAGGAUCACAUCUCUUGGUGAUCAAUGAUGCCAACAAAAUGCGCCUGUUCUUGGGAAUGCACAUAGAUUACCACUGGAUUGGUCUGAGGAACAGCACAGGCAGUGGCUGGACCUGGGAAGACGGCUCAAAACUCAACAAUACAAAGGUCAUCUCUAACAGCCCCGUGCAGCACUGUGGCGUCCUGGUGAAGGGUGCUCUCCUGGCCUCCAGCUGUGCAGUUGAUUUCCCAUGGAUCUGUGAGAAAUCCCCCAAGUAACCUUCUCCUGCACUUUCCCACAGAAUAGUCUUCACUCACACCCGGCCAAUGGAUCUGGACCCCAGCAGCGCAUCCAGACAUGCCUAAUCCUUGUUCCCAGUGAGGCCAGGCUGCUGAUGCUCCUAGUAGGAGGUUUGUGUCACCAUUGCCCUCUGCUGAAAUUGCACAGCCAUGUAUUAGACUGAAAUCUGAUUCAUGGACUUUCAGCUCCCUGAGGCUGGAGCUCUGAGGGUGAGUUAUGUGCAGAAAACCUAGAUCCAUUUGCAGUCCUCAUCUUUCAGGGCUGGGAGCAUAGCACAGACCUGCUGACAUUAUCUUUGUUGCCAUGGAAAAGACCUGAGUAUGAUUCCCAGUCUUAGUCUUUCUCACUCUGCCCCAGUACUUAGGUUAUUAGUGUGACAGCGGCUGGGCCCGGUGACCCCAUAGGGUUACACUUCUGUGUUGAGCGACAGUCCUGUGGCACCUUAUAGACUAACAGAAGUAUUGGACAUGAACUUUCGUGGGUGAAUACCCACUUUGCCAGCAUGAGGUUGAUGGAUUUCCACUCCAUACGGCUAAAUGCAGUGCCUUGCAUAGUGUAAAGUACUUCUGUGUUGCUGAGCAGAUGAUAGACUUUAUUUUCAGUCCACAUUUCUCAUUUCUUUGGCACCAGGAAUGCUGCAGAAGCUGGGCCUUCUGCCUCUACUGAAUUUUUCUCUACUUGCUGUGCAGUAAAAUGGCUUCCAUUCCGCUCCCAAAAUCCGUGUCUCAUUUGUGCCCCAAGACCAUGAGUGCUUUGAAGGGAACAGAGGAAGGUGAAAUGGGAAUGGGUGACCUUUGUCAGCCCAGAAAUGAAAGUAAACUUCUAACUCCAAUAGCUGAGGUGACACAUGGGGCGGGGGGUGGAAAUGGGUAAAUGUUGAUUUCACUAUACACACAAACUGAUGAAAAAAAUCUUUCCAUUGAUCAUCAAAAUUUACAGAGGCAAAGUAAGAGAAAUGCUGCUUGAGAACUUACUAAAAUUUGAUUUAAGGUUAUUUGCUUUGUGUAUUUUGGCUUGUGAUGUUGACAAUUUGUGUUUUAAAGAUUAGACAGCUUUAACUUUUUGAAUUUCAACAUCUACUGUCAUUAAAUAUU